UCACCUCAAUAUCGAGAUUCUUUGGCAAUGUUGGUUGAAUUGUAUGGAGAUAUGAAGAUCAAAUGGCUGUGGUAAUACCUUUUGUCCCUAGGUAAUGCUAACGUGUAUUGGCUCGUAGAGUUGGCAUAAUUCUCUCCCGGCAUAAACUUCUUCACAUAAAGAUUGGUUUGAUAAAAAAUGAUACGACUUAUGAUGAUUGCCAAACUCUUUUGUCCUGCAUAUACUACAUUUUGACAACGGUACAUAUCUAUGAAGAAUUCCCAGUGAAUCAAGAUUAUCUGGGUUUUCAUUCUCAUCCAAAUUGAUUGAUUGGAUCGAUCGACCACAAUCUUGUUCCCGUUUUCUAUCAUGAACUGUCCUUGCAGAGAGUAACACAAAUCGAAGAGGUUUUGACAUCCUCUACCGUUUUUGAUAUCGUACCUACGCCACCAUGAGCACCUCUCCAUACAACACUUCGAGCUCAUCGAAGACAAAAAGCCAAAGCCAAUCAUUCAGCAGUUCCUAUGCUGAAAGUCAAACACCCUCAACCUCCGAUUCAUCUGCUGUACAAAGAUUCCAUUCACAACAGCAAUUAUCUUUUGUCGUUGGCGGAAAAUCCUACCUCUUCCCCACCAUUUUCGGCGUCUACAGAGAUGGCUCGACAAAACUAGUGCUCUCAGAGCACCACAUAACAACACCAUUCAUGAUAAUUGCCACAUCGAAUCUCCCCGACGAGCCAUCAAUUAUCGUCUCAUCCUCCACCGCCGUAAUGGGCACCGUUAAUUUCCAUGACUCUUCCUCCAAAACCGAUAUCGUGGUCGGUAACACCUCAUCAACUCUCCAAUCAUCAGGUCUUCUCUCGCCCGUCUGGGAUUUUACCUACACAUUUGAUAAUGGACGUCAGGAAGAAUUUCAAUGGAAAAGAAGUUCCGGAGAAGCAGUCGCGGGCUUAGGGGGUAGGAGAAGGGGAUCAAAACUUGUGAGGGUGUCUAGUGGGGAGGUGCUGGCUGCUUGGUCACAGCCAGCUACUAUGAAUUUGGAUAAGGUGGCUAAAAUUGGUUUGCUGGAUAGUGGGAGAGCGCAUGGAUGGGGUGAGAGGUGGGAAGUUACGGUUGUUUUGGGUGCUAUAGCUCUUAUCGAGAAGGAUAGAAGGGUUAGAGAUAAUGCUUCUGCUGCGGCGUAGGAUGAUAUGUGCAAUCUAGCUUAGGAAAAUAUGUGCGAUCUAAAUUAUAGCGAACCCGAGGGAUCGAAUAUGUACAAAGUGUUUGCGAAGAUUCAAUAAGGAGUUUGUCUUGCUUGGAUAUAAUCCGGAAUUAGUCGCAGCGCUAUGCGCCAUUACGAUGCGGUGUCAGUCUUUGCCAUUAUUGAUUUACAUCUACUGCA